AUGGGGUUAAGGGAGGAAGCCCUACAAGGUCCCAUCCUGGAGGGCAGCGAGGAGCGAGACAGCGCCAACCCGUCAGCCGGUGGAAAUGGACGGAGCUCCACCGAAGAAGCCACUGAAGUUGACCGAAUGACGCCCAUUCCCACCAGUGGAGUCCAUGGGAAUGAAGGGAAAUCCAGAGAGCUGUUUGAUGUCUAUGGGCUGACUGGGGCCUCGUCCACCCCACCCACUCUCCCCCCUCCUGUGCUCCCCACUCCUGCGCCCGGACUCUGUCUGUGCCCUGCGCAUUGGGUCCUUAGCUCGGGCGCACGCAUUGUGGAGGCGAACCCUCGCAAGUUCAGGAUCGAAGCCAGCGAGCUGAUGGAGAGACGGGCCUUCGUGAGGCAGAUGCGGGACUCUGUCAAGGAGAUGCGGGAUCACAUAUCCAGCCCGUCAGCCCUGGCCUUCGCCGAGCGGAAAAACAGAGAGGUACCUGCCAGAAGCCCCCCCCCGGAGCGGUACGGCCAGUUGCGGGAGGAGCUGGUGUCAGCCAAUUCCCGCUAUAUCGAGGAGCAGCAACUGCAUCAGCAGCUGAUCAUAGACCAGCAGGACGAGCAGCUGGAGCUGGUGUCGGGGAGCAUCCGGGUCUUGAAGCACAUGUCGGGCCGGGUCGGGGACGAGCUGGACGAGCAGAGCUUGAUGCUGGAGGAAUUUGCCCAGGAGAUGGAUAGCACCCAGUCCCGCAUGGAUGGCGUGCUGAAGAAGAUGGCCAAGGUCUCCCACAUGACCAGCGACCGGCGCCAGUGGUGUGUGAUCGGCAUUCUGCUUGUUCUCCUCAUCGUGGUGCUUAUCCUCUUCUUCACUCUGUAAUCGACUGGCCAGGACUGAGGGGGGGGCACCAUUCUCCUGACCAGCCCCACCCCAUGCACAUGCCUCCAUCAUUGUUUGGCAAGCAGCCCAGGAGCUGCCCUGCUGGAGCACAGCCCACCCCGGUGCCUUUCUCUGACCCUUGGGGCUGGCACCUAUGGUAAAGAAAAGGCACCUCCAGGUACCAGGGGAGAUUCCUGCUGGGAAUCUGAUUCAGGUCUCUCCCCCUCCCCCCCCCACCUCCAGCCUUUGCUUCCACAUCGGGGCCUUGCAGUCGGGUACAGGGCUGGGGGUGUCCUCAGCCUGUAGGGGGCAGUAGUAACAUGCUGGAAUGGGGGGCACUUCUGAUCUCUCCCCAGAUUUGGGAGGGAGGGGACGCCAGUUCAUUGGUACCUGCAAAGCCAGGACGGGGAAGGAGAAGCAGCUUGCCCAUCCCAUGUUCCAGGACGGGACAGGGCAGCACAGCCUGUGCCACCAGGGGGCGCUGUCUUAUCAUUCCAGCUUCCUGCCGCCUGUUGCAGGCAGACCAAUUCUUACCAGCAUGGGAUGCAGACUCAGCUGUUAAUACCCUCCCACGCUGGGCUGGCGCACGGGGUGCUCUGUGGGUUCAGGGGAUGGUGACAGCUGUUUUUUAGGGCUCCCCCACCUUAAAGCCCAGCUGCACUUUGCCCGGCAUGCGCUGGCUCCUCGCCCCUCCCUGGCAGGGCCGGCGCUCGUUUUUUGUACGAAAAGCCAAAAUAAUUCGUCAGGCGGGCUUUCCUGCAAAGGGCUUUCAGUUAAGGAAAUUGGGGGUUGUGUUGCUGGAUUUUUGCUGCCUUAGCGGGGAGGAAGAGACCCGAUGGUCGGUUUGUUGUUGUUAAUUAUUUGUAUUAUGGUAGAGUCGUGAGGCCCCACGGUGCUUGGUGCUGUACAAACAUAACCGGGAUGGACCCUGCUGGUGCCUCUGCCGCAAGGAGAGACUCCAGUGCAUGUUGGGAGAUGUUGUCUGGCCAGGGAGCAGGGCCCAUGGGGGAAAUAGGGGCACGAGACACUCCUUUCUACAAUUCCCAUGAUGCACUAUGGCAGCUGGGAGAGAGUGCAGUGCAUCAUGGGAGAUGUAGUCUGGGCAGGGAACUUGGCCCACAGAGGAAAAUGG